AUGUUUAAUGAAACUCAAAUACGAACACCAUCCCCGACAUUUAUGCUGUCCCACCCUAACCCUGCAUCAUCAAAGGCUUGACAUGGGUCGUCUUAUUCAUUUUCCAGCACAGCAGUAAAUUUUCGAAGCUUUUCUCCAGAAAAAGAUUGUCAUAUCUCCCUUCACCGAAAAAAUCUUGAUUUUCAGCUUACCUCUAUAAAGAAGCGGCUGAAAAAGCAAAAAGAAGCUUUGCAUUCAGUCCAAAAUUCAAUAAAAAGAAAAGAAGAAUGAACAGCAAUCAUGAUAGAAAACUUGCAAAAACACAACGAACAAAAUCUUUUAUAUGAGAAAUCUGCAAUAAUAAUCCAAAAGCACGCAAGGCGAUUUUUAAUAAAGCAGAAAAUUGACCCUAUAAUAAUGAUCAAAAGGCAAAACGAUGCAAGUUAUAAUUUAUCUGAUAUGAAAAUUCAUGCUGAUGUAUGCUUAUUUCAUUUAGGUGAGAAAACUGAAAAUUCUGCAAUAAAAAUACAAAAAGCCUACCGAAAGCAUGUAAUUAGAAAAAAAUUAAGAAUUUUCCAGAUAUGUUUUGAUCUUUAUUGUCAAGAUAAAAAAGAGCAAUCUUUGCGAUUUCUUAGAAAAUCAUUUCGAGUCAUAAUAGCAAAAUUAAGAGUCAAAUCAUUAAUUUUCGAAAAAUUCAAAAAACAAAAACUAAAAGAGAUAAGAGAAAACUUGGCAAUUUUUUCUAUAAAAUCAUAUUGGAAACAUAGAAAAUUUACAUAUAAAAUAAUGAAAGAUAAAAUUUCAAAAUAUAAGCAAAAAAAAAUUGCAAUGCAGAAUAAAGAAAUGUAUCAAAAAUUUUUAUUGAGUUUGGCCAAAGAGAAAAUAAAAGACCCUAAUAGCCCGACAAGCCCAAGAAGAAUUUUAGGGUCUGACAGAUAUGACUUAACUUAACUUUACUUAAAUUUGCUUUAAAGUCUUCCAGCUUGAUAUCUCCGCACGCUUCCGAGGACCCCAAAACCUGCUUGCCAAUCUUGGGCCUCUUCUCCCACGGCCAAGGCUAGCACGCUCUCCGCUGAGUUUCGACGGGUUAGGAGAGACUCCACCUUGCAUAUGCUUCACGUCAUGUCGGCUGCUAUGAAGGCAAAGGUUAGCCCGAUGCCUUCUAACGGCCGCCUGUAGGUACAGCGACACCCAGGAAAAAAAAAGCUGUGACCCUCCGGAACCGGCAGGGAAAGAACUCACGGCCGAAAAACCAUCCGGAUAAUUAAAGCUUUGACUGGAGUGACCACCAGCUGACUCCCAAAGUUUACCCACCCCAUACGGCAGCUCUAGGCAUGCUAGGGUUAGAGUUGAAGGGCUGAACCUUGAUUUAGGCUAUAAAGCCACUUUUGCGCCAAAAUGGUGGGAUGUCGUCGAAGACCUAUUUUGUCACCACCACAUUUUAAUUGUGGCAGAUAUGAGGAAUAUGAUGAGGAAAGUACCAUAAACCAAGAUGAUUUAUUAAACAAGGAUUCUGAAGAUGUUUUUAAAGAGGCAAGAAGAAUUCAAGCACUGUUAGAAAAAAAAAUAAAAGAAAAAAUAGCAUUAGGAAAACUUUCAUAUUCAGUGAAGCCUUUAAAGGUCUCUGACGUAAAAUCAAAAACAAAAGAAAACCAACUGAGAAAUAUUUUUGAGCGAACUUUUAAUAAAAAGAGGAAUAAUUAUAGAAGCUCUACUGCUUCUUCUAACGCAAGGGGAAGAAUUUUACCGAGAGAGCACACACCAAAGAUGAGAACUACAUUAAUGACUCCAGUUCCAAGAUUAGGGCAUAGACAUGCUGGUAGUGAAAUUUUGCCUCCUAUACAAACCCCACCGUUAAUGUACACAUCUUAUAUUUAUCCUUAA